AUGGGCAGAGCAAGUAACUCUAGAGGAAAUAAACAGAGACAUGAUCCACUGAUCAAGGACCUGAACUCGACUGAAGGUACUUUAAAGAAGGUGAACAGAAAGAAGCAAAGCAUCGAGCAAGAGAACGAUGAGGACAAGCUAGGUGAGGAAUACGUUGAUGCCAAGGCAUCUAGGAAGAUUUUACAGCUGGCCAGGGAGCAACAAGAUGAAAUCGCCGAGGAGGAAGAGGGUGAGACGCAGCAAGAACAGGAAUCGACUCCAAGAUUACAAAAAUACAGUUACGAUAGCAGCGAGGAAGAGGACGAUGCCCAAACGGGGAAUAUUUCUGAUUUCGAACCGGAAGGCGAAGAAUACUAUGAAGAGGCCGAGGAAGAAGUCGAGAUUGACGAAGAGGAUGCCGCCAUGUUUGAACAGUACUUCAAAAAAUCGGAAGAUUUCAGUUCUUUGGGUGGCAGUUACAAUUUGGCCGACAAGAUUAUGGCUUCCAUAAGAGAGAAGGAGGAGCAACUGGAAAAUCAAGUUCCAGAAGGACUUGCUGAAACAAGUGCAUUGCCAGCAGAAAACUCGGCAAAGAGACCUCAGGAUGGUGUGGCGCUGCCUGAAAAGGUGAUUCGUGCGUAUACCACCGUUGGGAGCAUUCUUAAGACCUGGACUCACGGUAAACUACCCAAAUUGUUCAAAGUUAUACCAUCUUUGAGAAAUUGGCAAGAUGUCCUCUACGUUACAAACCCGGAAGAAUGGUCCCCACAUAUCGUUUACGAGGCGACUAAAUUGUUCGUUUCCAAUUUGUCCGCGAAGGAGUCUCAGAAAUUCAUUAAUCUUGUUCUUUUGGAAAGAUUCCGUGAAAACAUUGAAACCUCCUCGGACCAUUCGCUAAACUAUCACAUCUAUCGUGCCAUCAAGAAAUCCUUAUACAAACCAAGUGCAUUUUUCAAAGGGUUCUUAUUCCCAUUGGUGGAGACCGGCUGCAAUAUCCGUGAAGCUACCAUUGCAGGUAGUGUUCUUGCGAAAGUCUCUGUGCCAGCACUUCAUUCCUCCGCUGCUCUGAGCUACUUACUGAGAUUACCGUUUUCUCCAGCGACGACAGUGUUUAUCAAGAUUCUUUUGGACAAGAAAUACGCCCUCCCAUACCAAACGGUUGACGAAUGUGUCUAUUACUUCAUGCGGUUCAGAAUAGUGGACGAUGGAUCCAACGGCGAGGAUGCAACGAGAACACUGCCUGUCAUAUGGCACAAAGCCUUCCUCACUUUCGCCCAAAGAUACAAGAACGAUAUUACGCAGGAUCAACGAGAUUUCCUCUUGGAAACUGUCCGCCAAAGAGGACACAGGGAUAUUGGUAUCGAGAUAAGAAGGGAACUACUCGCUGGUUCCGCCAGAGAGUUCGAGGGGCCUGCCAAUGGACAGAAGGACUCGAUGAUGGUUGACGUACUAUAG